AUGCCUUUUUAUCAUUCUGAUAGCGAAUCGGAUCAAUCAGAUUCAGAAAGACGUCGUGAAUUUGCUCUUGAUUCACCAGUCAUGACUUCGGAAAUUACUAAUCUAGAGUUGUCUCUUGCUAAAGAUAUUGUGCCUGAUUAUUUUGGUGGCACCAAGGAUCUUUUAGACUUUAUAACGAAAGGGGAUCAAUUUAUACAGCUACUUAAAAAACCAGAUCCCAAUUGUGUGUUCAACAAGCUACUUCUUCAUAAUAUUAUUGCAAAAAUUAAAGGUGAGGCUAGGGAUUUGUUGAAUAACAGUUCUUGGGUUACCUGGAAAGACGUCAAAGAUAUAUUUAUUAACAGAUUCGGAGAUAGAAGGAACGAGUCAUGCUUAGCUUACGAACUCUCUCGCAUGCACCAGCUUAAUAAAGAAUCGUAUCAACAAUAUUACGAUCGAAUUAACGAACAGUUGCAAAAAAUCUUGCAACAGGAAAUGGAAAAUUUCUGGUAUGAACGUUCUCUAACAAAUUUCAUGAGAGAUAAGGACGAACCCCAACGAAAAAAUAGCAUUCUUCCCAAAUCUCUACCAAACCACACAGAUAAUACCUUCAAUAAUAACUUUCAAAAUCAAUUUAGGCCACAAUUCCAAAUGUCUCCACCCAGAAUUGGCCCACCGAGACCAAAUAGUUUACCUCCCAGACCAAAUUAUGGUACGAGACCAUUUCCGUAUACAACUCAACCACAGUUAAUGCCAAAUCGUUCCCAAAAUUCAAAUCAACAAAUUUCCAGAAAUCCCCAACCAAAUAGGCCAACGCCUAUGUCUGUAGAUGGUAGUAAUUAUCGUCCAAACACUUCUGUAAGGCAGUCAUAUCGUCCCAAUUUCUUUCAACAAACAGGCAGGCCAAAUGUGAUUGUGGAAGAGCUCCAUAAUCAGGAGACUGAAGGCACUGAAUCUCACGAUCAAUGCGACAAUGAUUAUUUUUCUGAAACCGCUUAUGGCUACCAACAAGAUAAUGAUUACUUGGAUAGUGGAGUAGUUACUUUUGAGAAUGAUGAUGCACAGGCUGAAAAUUUUCCUAUAGCGGCCUCGGAAAUGAAUCAGUCGACUUAA